GGCGUCCUGUGCUCUCGCUGUCUUCCGCCUCGGUUGAUCUUCCGGCGCGAAGGUCACGGACAAGAUGGUGCCCCCUGUUCAGGUCUCUCCGCUCAUCAAGUUCGGCCGAUACUCCGCCCUGAUCCUCGGCAUGGCCUACGGCGCCAAGCGCUACAGUUACCUGAAACCUCGGGCAGAGGAGGAAAGGAGAAUAGCAGCGGAGGAAAAGAAGCGACUAGAUGAGCUGAAACGCAUUGAGAGAGAACGGGCGGAAGCUGAAGAUGACAGCAUCUUGAAGUGAUGCACCGGUGAGCUUGCCUUUCUCUCGUCGCUGAGGAUGAAUAAAGCUUUGCUCUAUAA